CGAAGAAGUAGAACUGGAGGCGGAAGUGUGUGCUCCAUGUGUUUACCCGGUUUGCCUGACACCUCGCUGCUCAUUCAUUCAUUCUCAAAACGGCCACAUUAGUCCGGCAUUUUUAUGUUUAGCUUGGGACAAGAAUAUCACAGAAUUUUUAAGCUCCAACACAUGACCCUCUGUGUGUUGACUGUCAUCGGAGCCUGGCGAGAAAAGCUGUGACUUCUCCGCUAGCAAACACCGGCUAACGCUACAUCGCUUUGCAGAACUCGCGCUAGCGUUGUCUUUAAGAAAAUCGUUAGCCGUCACUUUUUUGUAUCGAUAAAUCAUACCCGCGAUAUCUGGAUGCAAGGUACGGCGAAUGCAAGCAUGAUCAAGGAAAACAGGUGGAAUAUCCCUCCUAAUGCCCCGGCGUGCAUGGAGAAGCAUCUGUGCGCGGCGCAGUACCGAGCAGAUGGCACCUUGCUGCUGGGAGCCUCCAGCCUGACUGGCAGGUGCUGGCUGGGCUCUAUUUGGAUCUACAGCUAUGCAGAGCAGGCUCCCAAUGAAGGCUUCUGCAAAGCUGGUGUCCAGACUGAGAGCGGGGUCGCAGAUGUCAAGUGGGUGUCAGAAAAGGGAGUUCUUGUGGCAUCAGACUCAGGUGCCCUGGAGCUGUGGGAGCUGGCCGAGGAUGAGCGCCUGCUGGUGAACCGCUUCACCAAACACGAACAUGACCACAUUGUCACCAGCGUGAGCCCAGUGGCUGGAGGAAGCAGUGCUGUCACUGGCAGCAUGGACUGCCGAAUUAAAGUCUGGGAUCUUAGUCAGGAGACCGUGGUCAGCACCUACAGUGCACACACGAAGCCAGUUAACUGUGUGGCCUGCAGUCCUGCAGAUGAGUCGCUGUUUAUUUCCUGUGGUCAGGAUGGUCGUCUAUUGCUGUGGGACAGGAGGAAGCCAGCAAAACCAGCUUCACGAUUAGAUUUAGAGUCCCCCGGCUGCAGCUGCACCACUGUCGCCUGGCACCCUCACCACAGGAGCACUAUUGCUUAUGGUGACGAGUUGGGCAGAGUGAGCGUGAGGGACUUCCGAGGAACAGAGCCGACCCGGAUGGAAACUGCCCACAGCCGCAGAGUCAAUGGUGUUGCCUUCUCCACACAUAGUGCCCCCUUGCUAGCAUCCAUCAGUGAUGACUGUUCCCUUGCUGUGGUGAAUGCUGAGCUGAGAGAAAUACUUAGAGAUCGACGACACCAGGACUUUGUUAAGGGUGUAUGCUGGCUCCACGGUGAAUCCAACUCCCUCACGACUGUAGGCUGGGAUCACCAUGUGCUCCACCACACAGUAGAUCCCACCACUGGAGCACCCACCUCCUCUCCUUAGAAGCAAAUGAAUUUGACAUGGCUUGGAUGUGAAUGGUUAAAUGUUAC